UUAUUUGAAAGACUGUUAUUUGGCCUUCUUAACUAUCUAUUGCCUUGGUCUUAUUUAUUUGCCGGCUUUUUCUCCAUUGGUUCUCGUCUGGCUAGCUAAGUCCGCACGCUUUCUUUCCUUGUUUCUCCAAGCCCCCGCCCCCUCCCCGAGCUAUGAUACCAACCGUACAGGCAGAUAUUGUAGAUAGAUUGCCCCUCAUGUCUCGCGCGCUUGCGAUUAGUGUUAUCAACCCGUAGGAGCAGCAGGAGGCCAGGAGCUUAUGUGCCUUCUUGUACGCUGCCAUCUGUCAUGUGACCAAUUCGUCGAGCAUCCUAUAGGCAUCGGGCAAUGCCAAAUCCUGGGCAGUUGAUCCAGCGUCCUUGUUGUUUUCCUGAUGAAUUCGGCUGCUGGUGUUAGCUAUUGAACCUCGUUCUUUCCCCUCACACACUGAUGAAACCCGAAGUCUCCUGUUGCUAGUCGGACAGCGCGCGCGGCGGCUGUUUUUCUUGGUUAUCUCUUGAUUCUUGGUUGGAAAUAUACCAUACAGCAGUAAGGAGAAGUCAGCGAAUAUGGCAGACGCGCUGUUUGUUGUUCUCAGGAAAGUUGCCCUUUCCCUGGGAGAAGGCGCGCUGGUGAAGAUUGGCACGGACGUGGUCGAGGCAGCGCCCAUCUUGACAGAUUUUGAGCAUGGCAUGCGACAAACCGAGGGCGAGCUCUUGGUCCUGCAGGCCUUUAUCGGGCAGGUCCGGGCGCAGAAGGCCGGUGACAAGGCGUUCGGCGCAUGGUUGGACCAGGUUAGAGAUGUCGCCCAUGAGGUAGAAGAUAUCGUUGACGAGUAUGCUUACCUUACCACGCAAGCCAUGGAUGCAAGCAGCUUCUUCAAGAGAAAGUUCCAUCAGGUGAAGAACUUUGCAGCGUGGCAGAAGCUACCGAUCCGGAUCAGUCAAGUGGAAGCUCGGGUCCGGAGGCUGUCCGAAAUGAGGAGCCGGUAUGGGAUUUCGGUAGGCGAACAAGACAGGGGUAGCAAGUUACAGCAAUCCAAUCAGUUCUCUGCGUCAGAUUUUGCUUACCUAACUGAUGAUUCUGAAAUAGUAGGGCAUGGCGAGGAAAUCGAGAGACUGACACAGUGGCUGCUUGAGGAGAAUCAGGACCGAACUCUGAUAGCCAUCUUUGGUAUGGGUGGUCUAGGUAAAACUACUGUUGCAAGCAGUGUCUACAAGAACCAAAAGAUCAGGAGAACUUUUGAUUGCCAUGCAUGGGUCACGGUAUCUCAGACUUACCAAGCUGAAGAGCUUCUGAGAGAAAUCAUGAACCAGUUAAUAGAGCAGAGAGCAAGUUUGGCAAGUGGCUUCAUGACCAUGAGUCGCAUGAGAUUAGUUGAGAUGAUACAGAACUAUUUGCGGGACAAAAAAUAUUUUAUUGUCUUGGAUGAUGUAUGGGAUAAAGAUGCUUGGUUGUUUCUGAACUAUGCAUUUGCCAGAAACAAUUGUGGAAGUAAAGUGCUGAUAACAACCCGGAGAAAAGAUGUGUAUUCUUUGGCAGUUCACAGUCAUGUAAUUGAACUUAAAACUCUUAACUAUGCUGAAUCAUGGGAACUCUUCUGCAAAAAAGCAUUUUUUGCAUUGGAGGGCAACAUAUGCCCUAAGAAUCUCACGUCUUUGGUGGAGAAAGUCGUUGAUAAGUGUCAAGGAUUGCCAUUGGCUAUCAUAGCCAUCGGAAGGAUUCUAUCAUGCCAUGGAUUAGAUGAAUGGGAGUGGGCAUUUUUCUACAACCAACUUAAUUGGCAGUUAGCUAACAAUUCAGAGCUAAGCUGGAUCUCUACUGUCUUGAAUCUGAGCUUGGAUGAUCUCCCAAGUCAUCUGAGGAGCUGCUUUCUAUACUGCAGCCUAUUUCCUGAAGAUCACUUUAUUAAAAGAAAACAGAUAGCCAAGUUAUGGAUUGCGGAAGGUCUUGUGGAUGAGAGAGGGGAUGGGACAACAAUGGAGGAAGUUGCUGAGCAUUACCUUGCAGAGCUAACUCACCGUUCUCUUCUUCAGGUCAUAGAAAGAAAUGCAAGCGGAAGGCCAAGAACGUUUGUUAUGCAUGAUCUUGUGCGGGAAGUGACCUCAAUAACCGCUGAAAAGGAAAAGUUCGCGGUGAUACAUGGCCAUGUUGGUACAACCCAAGUUUCCCAUGAUGCGCGCCGCUUGUGCAUCCAAAAAAGUGCAGAUUCUCAAAACUCUUUAGCAAAUUCACAUCUUCGAUCAUUCAUUUUAUUUGACAAUUUAGUACCGUCUUCCUGGAUAAAUGAUGUCUCAUCACGUUUCAGACUGCUGAGGGUCUUAGGCCUAAGAUUUACUAAUAUUGAACAAAUGCCGUGCGGGGUCACAGAACUGUAUAACUUGCGUUAUCUGGAUAUUUCGUACACAAAAGUCAAGCAGAUACCGGCAUCAUUCAGAAAACUCAUGCACCUUCAAGUUUUAGAUCUGAGGUUCACCUGCGUGGAGGAGUUGCCAUUUGAAAUAACUACGCUAACUAAUUUACGCCAUUUACAUGUUGCUGCGGUCCAUGAUCUUCAAGAAAGAUCACUGAAUUGCUUCAGUGCUACAAAAAUUCCUGGCAACAUUUGUGGCCUAAAGAAUCUUCAAUCUUUACAUACGGUUUCAGCUAAUGAAGAUUUGGUUUCACAGUUGGGAAAUUUGACUCUUAUGAGAAGCUUGACUAUAAUGAAUGUGCGGCAAAGCUAUAUCGCAGAGCUAUGGAACUCCCUGACAAAAAUGCCUAACCUGAGUGUCCUGAUUAUUUUUGCAUCUGAUAUGGAUGAGAUUCUUGAUUUGAGAAUGCUGAGGCCCUUACCUAACCUUAAGUUGUUCUGGCUGGCAGGAAAGAUGAAGGGAGGCGUGCUCCCAUCGAUAUUCAACAAGUUUGAGAAGCUAACACAGUUAAAAAUGGACUGGUCUGGUCUGAAUAAGGACCCUAUAAGCUCCUUUUCUUACAUGCUAACUCUAGUCGAUGUGUGGUUCUUCGGGGCAUAUUGUGGGGAAUAUCUAUCUUUUUGUGCUGGAUGGUUCCCCAAUCUCAAAUCUCUGCACAUUGCUGAUAUGGAACAUCUGACUCGGAUUGAGAUAGAGGAUGGAACAAUGAUGGGCCUGCAUCAUCUGGAACUUGUUGGUUUAAGGAAUAUGAGGCUAGUUCCUAAGGGUAUCAAGUAUAUUAGAACACUCCGUCAGAUGAUCCUGACUGAUAUGCCAAAGGAGUUAGUUGAAAGCCUGCGAGGAAGUGACGCGCACAUUGUUCAGCAUGUUCCCAACAUCCAUAUUUUUGACUCCAGUGAUCCUGAAGCAGUAAAUAACUUCAUAUUCUGGCCUCAUCUUGCCAAGAAGUACGGCUCUGGUGUAACUAAGUAUGACCCUAGAAAAUGAGGAUCAUCUGGAACCUGGAAAAUUAUUGGGAGGUUUCAGCAAUAAAUAUGUCUCUGAUUUGUAGGACAACCACUUGAGCAGUGAGAAAAUCAUCAAAAUGUACUUGUUGAUCUUGGUGCCAAAACUCUAGAUGAGUGUGUUUUGUGUGUAAUAUAUGUUACUCAUGGAUUUUGGCCCUCGCUACCGAAUGGUUUCCUACUGCCAAUAAUGAUUCAUUC